AGACGACGAUGGCGGCGGCCGCCAUGUUGUCGGGUCCGGAGCGGAGCCCGUCCCGGGAGGCGGAGCGGCCCGGAGGCGCGGCCCAGACUGCAGGUUCGAAAGCUGUACGGACGAGAUUUAAAAGUAGAAGAUCUCUAACCUAUCCGGAUAGUUCUGACUCAUCAGAUGAUCCACUUGCAUCCUUGACAGUCAAUUCACCAUCAGAAUGUUCCCACGGUUCAAGAAAACAUUAUAGAAAAUCCCAUUAUGACUUGCACACUCAUCUGAAUCGCCUCCGAGGUGGAUUGGAUGCCCUCUCUGAAAUAAACCCCUUGGAGACGGAGGAAGAGUUAAUCGAGGCUGAUCGGAGAGGCAGUCUUAUGCAGAACACAGGCGCACACGCAGAAGCAGAUGUCACCUUGCCGUCUAGUUUGGCUGCCGACCCAGUGACCUGUAGCGACGAUGACGGCAACCCAGGCGAAUCCCCACUGAAGCACGCCCGCCGGCCGGCCUCGAAAACAGCAAAUAAGAGGAGCUCAUUGCCGCCCUACGUCAGUGAGAUUUAUGAUGAGUUACUGCUGAUACAUCAGAAGCUGCAGCACGAAACAGCAGCCCAGCAAGAGUAUGCCCUCCAACUGCGAGAGAAAGAAGAAUUUUUAAUAAAUAAAGAAGAGAUGCUCCUUCAACAUGAAGCCGCCCUGACCAAGAUCCGAGAUGUUGAAGAAGAAAUUCACGCUAAAUUUCAAAUUUUGAAGGAGGAACACAGUGCAGAUGUUAAACACUUGUCGGAAGCCCUGAAGGAGAAGAUUAAGGAAAAUAAAAGGCUCAAAUCAUCUUUUGACACCUUGAAAGAAAUGAACGAUUCCUUGAAAAAACAGCUUAACGACGCAAGUGGAGAGAACAAGAAACUGGAAGUUCAGGCCAAAAGAGUUCAAGCAAGAUUAGAAAACUUACAGAGGAAGUAUGAGUUUUUGACCGUCCAGAAGUCAAAAGAUGUUUCUCGGGCAGUCGCCGCAAUGAAACCGGGGAAGCAAGAGAAAGCGCCCGCUUCAAGAACUUGCAAGGUACCACUUAAUACCCAAGUUUAUGAGCUUUUAGCAGCUCUUAUGGACUGGAUCGCCGAUCAUCAGCUCAGCAGACUCAGGCAAGAAGAAAUGAAAGGAGACAGCCAGAAGCAUCUGUGCAUGCUUUCCUCCCACAAAAACUAUAUCCAGGAGAAGUGUGCCAAGCUGUUGCCAGUAAUUGCAGAACAGCUGCAGUGGAUGCCGUUCGUGAACCCCGAACUGCACGAACCGCUUGUGAAGUUUAUCUACUGGGCUAUGAGGCAGUUAGAUAGUGGGACACAGCACACGACUGUGACCUCUACUCUGAGGAGACUGGGCGAAGACCUGUUCAAAGGGGUAAUAACGAAGGGAGCCCCCAGUCCCGCAGAGCCUCUGGCAGGGGGUAAACCGAGGACGGCGGCUUUUUUUAAGAGCUCCAGUCUACCUCUGAGAUUUCUCUCCACCUUAAUCGUCCUCAAAACAGUCACUCGAGCGGAUUACCUGGCUCAGGCGUUUGAUUCUCUGUGCUUGGACUUGAAGACCGACGAAGGGAAAGCCUUAUUUUUGGAGUGUCGGGCCGUGCCGCUCCUUUUGGAUCACCUGAGAAUAUCCAGUAAAGGACUGCUGUCGAAUGUCAUCGAUAGUUUGCUUCAGAUGACGGCAGAGUCAAGAUCCUUGCAGCCUUUCCUAGAAGCUUGUAGCAACGAGUUAUUUUUCCGGACCUGCUCUGUGCUGCUUCGCAACCCUAAGCUUGAUACGCAGAUAUUGGAAAAGCUCAGCAUCAUACUGCAGAAACUCUCCAAAAUUAAGAGUAACAAGAAGCUGUUUGAACUUUUUACUAUUCAUCUGAUGCUUCAGGAGAUUCAAAGGACAGCACAUCCGGACAAUGCUUUUCUCAGCAUCAACCUCAAUUCAACGCUCUUCAACCUGGGGAUGACCAAAUGCAGCUCCGUGGCCACCACUACAGUCCAUUAGGAGUCAUCUUUUUGGUCGGUUGUUUGAUGUAUUUCGUCUGAGGAGAAAUUAACCAGAACGACGGAGACACUGACAAAGCAAAGUUAUCCGGUGCGCCAUUACCGUCUCCUGUCAGGGAGUGGAAGGCGUGGAUUUUUUUAAAAAAACUUCCUUUUUUUAACACUGGAACAUUCUGUCUUUUAAACCCAGAUACCACGGCCUUGACAGGUAAAGUUCACGCUGUCGUUUGCCGGGCCUCUCGGGAAAACGUCAGUUUUGAAUUGAUUGCUUGUUACCUUUAGAUUAAGCCGAGGAAGAAGUGUCGGGGUCGGGGGGAGUCCAUUGUCUUUUCCCCGAGCGACAGCCCUCUUGAGGCUGUGGUUCGGGGUGCGUGUGCUGAGGAAACGGAACGAAUCCCCAUCCAUUCCCGAAGAGAUUCCACAACAGGAUCAGUCCUCCGGUACGUGGGACUAAAGACAGUUGCGAAUUUCACCCUUUCAGAACUGUUUUUCUCCAAAGAAUAGCAUUUAGAGUCUUAUUCUGAAAUAGGGAUAUUUCUGUUCCCUGAGGCACAGUGGAAUCCAGUGGAAUUUAAAGGCUUUCUUGAACUGUUAGCCCUCAGUGCUUUAAUUCAUCCUUGAGCAGUCUGGUUCUUUCAAAAUUUGGGCCCACCAAAAGAGGCAUGAGCAGAUACUCUGAGGAAAUGGUAUCCAGGAGGUUGUAGCGUUGGGAAGCUUUUUCAGACUUGUCAGGGCUCUUCUGCCGGUGUAAUUAAAUUGGGAAUUGUUAUUAGGAGGUGCUUGAUUGGGCUGUUUCUAAGAGUUCUUAGAAUCAAAUAACCAGGCUCCUGCUCUUUCAAAAUGUUCAACUUCUUGGAGGUUAAAUAUUCCUUGCCUUCUGAAUGGGUUUGGGCCCUGUCUAAAUCAUACUUUCCCCGAUCUCUUCAGCGGCAGCAAGAACCGCGUUCAAUAUGGACAAUUCUAACCCUGUUCAUUCUUGUUAAAUAUUUUUUGCCUUCUGAAUGGGUUUGGGCCCUGUCGAAAUCGUACUUUCCCCGAUCUCUUCAGCAGCAGCGAGAAUCGCGUUCAACGUGGACAAUUCUAACCCUGUUCAUUCUUGUUAAAUAUUUCGUCUAAAAUAUUUCGUCUAAAAUGUGUUUGUCUAAAAUAGCGGUCUCUGGUCACAUAUGUCUUGAAAGUGUGUGUGUGCGCGCACGCUGUAAAGAAUGUUUAUGGAAAUUUCAAUUUUUAGAAAUUUCCCUUUCCCUUCAAAAAUACGGAAUUGGUUGGAAGCGAUCUGUCCCAUUUCCCAUGCGAAAUAGUUCCCGGAGGCAAUCGGUUGUUCUCCUUAUUGUUGGAAAAUCACUUGUGCCUAGAUAACUGCUUCAAUCCUAAAGAGCGUUGACCUUUAAAACCCUAAAGGACAGACCUUAAAUUUGAAAGUAGUCAUUCAAUUUAGUGGAAAAAGCAAGCACUCCAAAAGAGGUAUGCUGCAGAAGAAAAAAAAAAAAAAUCAGCGUACCAUUUUUGCAGAGGUUUAUUUUUCUCCCACCAUUUCCUUCAAAUUCUUGGGGUCUUUUAAAUCUUUUAUAUUUGAACUGUUUUCUCCAUAAAAGUAAUCACAGGAAAGAAUGUUUGGCAGUGUCCCUGUUGCAGAAAUUAGUUUGUGUUGCUGCACUGUGGCCCUCUAAUAGUCGUAUUUUAAAGCACUUCCUAUCUAGAGAGUGUUCCGUUGGGCCUGCGUCCCUCUCAGAGGCUGGAAAUAAAACACUGAAUAUUUAAUUUCUUUUUAAAUAGCUGUAAAGGUUUUGUACUUAAAAGCAUUUGUUUUAGAGAUGGAUGAAUAAAAUGCCUUUCCUUUUACUGUUUUAA